AUGGGUGCAAAAAGGGUCUUGGACCUCGGCACCGGCACUGGCAUCUGGUCCCUGGAGUAUGCGGAUGCGCAUCCAGAAGCAGAGGUCAUAGGCGUUGAUCUUAGCCCCGUUCAGCCAGAACUCGUCCCUCCAAACUGCUCUUUCGAGCUCGAUGAUCUCGAGAAAGAUUGGACAUGGUCCAAGCCUUUUGACUUCAUAUUUUGCCGCAUGAUGACUGGCAGCUUUGCGGAUAAUAUGAGCAUCGUUGAGAAGGUCUUCAACCAACUGGAACCUGGUGGCUACUUCGAAGCCCAAGACAUGGCACUCCCUUUGGGUUGUGACGAUGGCACUUUGACAGUUGAUUCUGAUCUGUGGAAAUGGGUUCUUCUCGUUAUGGAAGGCAUGACGAAGUUUGGUCGACCUGUUAGCGCAGCGCAGCAAUGGAAACAGCUCAUGGAGGCUGUCGGUUUCGAAGACGUUGUUGAGACAGUCUACAAGUGGCCAACAAAUCGUUGGCCGCGCGAUCAACACUAUAAAGAUAUUGGAAUGUGGAGUUUGGAAAACAUGGAUCAAGCUCUUGAGCCUGCCACCAUGGCGCCUCUGACAAGAGCACUCGGCUGGAGCUACGAAGAAGUCAUCGUACUGGUCAGCAAGGCAAGGAAGGUCCUGAAAGAUCCUACAGUGCAUGCCUAUUGGCCAAUAUACAUUGUGCAUGGCCGUAAGCCUUACAAAACCCAUAGUCACCUCGCUCAAAACGUUUGA